AUGCCCCCUCUACGCGCGCACACAAAAUCCCGCAACGGGUGCGAUCAAUGCAGAAACAGGCGGGUCAAAUGUGACGAGCAGGGUCCACCAUGCUCGAAUUGCACAACCCGCGAGUUAAAAUGCACAUAUUUGAAAGUCGCCGCUGCCCGUCGCGCUACAGCCCAUCUUACCCCACCCAGUUCAACAUCCGACGUACCUCGGCCUCUAGAUGGCCACGGCUCGCCCACAGCGGUGCCUGGUCGAGCCGUUCCCACAGCAAUACCAGUCCCGGCACCAGCCCAGACAAACUCAUUCGGAAUCGACAACCUAGAACUAAUGCACAAGUUCGCAACAGAGACGUACGAAAGCCUCUGUAUCAGCGACUCGGAAAUAAAAAUCUGGCAAAUAACCAUCCCAACACUCGCGUUCAAACAUGGAUAUCUGAUGAGCGGGAUCUUGGCGCUAGCCUCAAUGCACAUCGCAACAACAUGCGAACCACCAGAAUUAGCACUCCUGUACUACGAGACAGGACUGCAGUACUACAACCGUAGUUUGACUCCAUUCCGCAACGCGAUCGAUAAUAUCACGCCGCAGAACUGCGACGCGGUAUUCGCGCACUCGAUCGUCAUGAUCGCGAUCAGCAUUGCGUCACCCCGACUAACCGUCACGAAAGACGAGUGCGCCAGUAUCACAGAAAACAUUGUGAUACUGUUCGAGCUGCUGCAGGGCGUGAAGAAGAUCAUUCAAGUCACCAAGUCGUGGAUUAAGCUAGAGUUAUUCUCGCAGGGCGAAUUUUGGAAAAACACGCCUGCUGAACUUGACACCGAUGCAGAAGCUGCGCUGACACAUCUAUCGGAAUUGAAUGAUCAAGUUAUGAUUGGAAUUUACUCGGGGCAGCAUCUUAUUAAUAAGAAAGUUAUUGCGCAUUUGAGGCAUUGUUAUGCCAAGUUUGCGCGCUCGGCGGAUCCGGCGCCGGUUCUCGCUUGGCUUGCGGCUGUUGAGAAAGAAUUUGUUGAUAGUCUCCGGUGUCGGCAGCCAUUUUCGUUGCUGAUUCUUAUGUAUUGGGGGGUGUUGCUGAGGGAGCUUGAUGGGCAGCGAUGGUGGGCGCGGGAUUCAGGUAGAGCGCUGGUUUCGGAGUUGUUUGAUGCUCUAAGGUGUGUGGAUGCGAGGUGGGAGAGAGCUCUUGCUUGGGUGCAGCGGAAGAUGGAGCUUUGA